AUGAGCCCUUGCUGGAACGUGAUUGGCCAGUUCCUCCCGGAGCUAAGCGCUGAUUGGCUGGGCUCUGUCACGGCUGAGAGAGUAAGAAAGGCCAACAACAACAACAACAACAACAACAACAACAACAACAACAACAACAACAACAAUAAUAAUAAUAAUAAUAAUAAUAAUAAUAAUAAUAAUAAUAAUAAUAAUAAUAAUAAUAAUAAUAAACAAAGGAAAUUUAAAUGCGUCUUAAGAAAUGAACUACCACCACCAUCACCACCACCAUCAUCAUCAUCAGCAACAGCAGCCAAAUGUGUGGCGCGGCGGUGGGUCACCGUGGGUCGCCGCCCCCUCCUUCCCUGGCGGCCCCUGCCCUCCCUGGCCCCAAGACACGCCCCACGCCUUCCCCGCGCAGUAUUUCCCUCCGGAGCAGGACGCAGGGGUGCGCGCCCCCCUCGCGGCGCCAGGCCUGGCGUGCCGCGCCAAGCUGGAGGCCUGGCCGCCGCCCGCUCCGCCGCCGCCCGCACCGCCGCCGCCGCCUCCGCCACCACCAGCGCCGCCGCACGCCGCGCCCCAGCAGGCCAUCGGGUGGGCAGGAGGCGCCGGGCCUUCGUGCUGGGGCGCGGGCGCGGCGCCGGGGCACCAGCAGGGGCAGUGGGGGGCGGCGUGCCACGCGGGGGAGGCGCCCCCUGCCACAGACCAACACUACAAUAUCUACGCCACGUCAGUGUACAUCCAGGGCGCGCCGGCCCCCGCGCCCCCUGCCCCGGACCCUCUCAGGCCCCCGCGCACUCUCCGCCUCAGCCGCCGCCGCCGCCUGCCGCCGCCACCGCCGCUGCGGCACCCGCCGUGAAGGCGCGGCGGCGGCGGCGGUGGAGUCGGCGGCGCGCGGUGGCGCACGCGUGCCCCGCGGCGGGCUGCGCCAAGACGUACGCCAAGUCUUCGCACCUGAAGGCGCACCUGCGCACACACACGGGGGAGAAGCCGUACACGUGUGACUGGCGCGGGUGUGGGUGGCGGUUCGCGCGCUCCGACGAGCUGACGAGACACUACCGCAAGCACACUGGCGACAGGCCCUUCCAGUGCAGGCUGUGCGACCGUGCCUUCUCCCGCUCCGACCACCUCAGCCUGCACAUGAAGCGUCACCUGGCCCUGUAGCACCCUGCCCCGCCCUGCCCCGCCCUGCACCACCCUGCCCCGCCCUGCACCACCCUGCAGCAGGCCCACCCUUCCAGUGCAGGCUGUGCGACCGUGCCUUCUCCCGCUCCGACCACCUCAGCCUGCACAUGAAGCGUCACCUGGCCCUGUAGCACCCUGCCCCGCCCUGCCCCGCCCUGCCCCGCCCUGCACCGCCCUGCACCACCCUGCAGCAGGCCCACCCUUCCAGUGCAGGCCGCCGCCACCACCACCACCACCACCAGCACAGCGGGUAUAGAGGCAGCCUACAGCAGUGAAGUGCCCUCAGUGUCCACCGGUUACAGCGCCACACGCAGCAGCCCGCCAGGCCCUACACACACACACACACACACACACACACACACACACACACACACACACACACACACACACACAGAGUCGUGUCUUGGUGCUUGUACUGACAGAUUAACAACAUUUCUACAUCAUUAGCAGGACAGGCGCCCUUGAGAACCUCCCUCGGCUACUGUGGCAUCUGGUAACACUGCUGGUGGGGAGCAGGGCCUUGUGUGACCCUGCAAACCUUCCGUGUGACCUUUCUAGGGGAACUAACGUAUCACAUGACCUCUUACUGACCCAGAAUGACAGACAGACAGAUAGACAGAAAGACAGACAGACAGACAGACAGACAGAUAGACAGACAGACAGACAGACAGACAGACAGACAGACAGACAGACAGACAGACAGACAGACGGAUGUAUACCAGUCCUGAUGAUGAUGAUGAUGAUGAGUUUAAAUGAAUGAAUAAAUG